AUGGAUAGAAAUUCUAUCCGUCGCAAACGCUACCUUGAAAUGCCACCACACCUGAAAGAUGCCCUUUUGCGCCGUCGUCGGGAUGCUUACGCUGCGAAGAAGAGCAGGCUGCUCCCUUCUGUCUCGGCCUGUGGCCAUCAGCCUGUUGUCGCCUCUCAGGGUUCCCUCCCCCUCCCGCUAGACGCAAACUUGCUUAUUCCUGUCCCGUCCGGCCAGCAUUCGCAUGGUGCGCCUGUUGUUUCUCACGUUGUCCAGCUUUGUGACACAUCAGCUUCCGUGCCUACACGCCCUGCUUCGUCAUCUGCGACACUGCCCGACGCAGCUUCUGUUUCGGGCCAAUCUGCCAACCGAAAACGGCGCGCUCCUUCUCGGCUACAAAAGAUAGCUGCGGAAACCUUGCUAUUGCCAUCCGGUCCCGAUUGCCACCACUGUGGUGCUAAGAGGUUUCAUUUGGAACCUCCAAACUUUUGCUGCUCGGGUGGGGAGGUCGCGCUUGUUGGCACGUCCAUGCCUUACGACCUCAUGCGUUUGUUUACUGGUGACGAUGAAGAAUGUGAACACUUUAGGCGAAACGUUCGCACUUAUAAUAACAACGUCGCUUUCACCACUUUUGCUACCAAGUACGACCGGGAAUUGACCAAAAAUCAUUUUGGUGUUUACACAUUUCGUUUGCAGGGCCAGGUCUACCACUUUUUGAAUAGCUUGGUCUCGCCCGGCGAUACGGCUUUCGGCAUUCAGUUGUACUUCUUCGACAUUGAUUCCGAACUUGCGCAAAGAGUCGGUGGCUCUCCCAAAUUACGUGAAUCUACUCUUCGCCUUCUCAUGCGUGUUUUGUCGGACAACCCGUAUGCUAGGUUUUUAAGAAAUCUGCGGUCCGUCCCAGACCUAGACAGGCACAAAAUCAUCCUAAACUGCAAUCCAACACUUGAUCAGCGUGUAUACAAUCUGCCGUCUGCUUCACAGGUUGCGGCAAUAUGGACAGAAACUGAUGUUGUUGACGACACUCAUGAUAGGUCUGCUCACAUCCAAGUAUACAGCCAUUCAGAUACAGGCUACACAAUCAAGCAUUAUUACGCUUGUUAUGAUAGUUUGCAGUAUCCUUUGUUAUUUUCACACGGUGAAUCUGGCUGGUGCCAUGGGAUCCAGCGCACUCAGGUUAGGCCUGCUCCCCAAAAUCGUGGUUCUUCUGGCAACGACACUGUGAUCGAUCCAUCCUCUGUCACCACCGCUACUUUGGGUAAAGAGGAGAAAAGCACUGUUACUGCAAGGGAAUAUUAUUGCUAUAAGUUGCAGAUGCGAGACGGCGAUAGGAGUAUGCUGUUGCACGCCCUUCGCCUGCUGCAGCAGUACUCUGUUGAUGUCUACGUCAAAAUUAAGACGUCUAGGCUUGAUUUUCACAGGAAAAAACAAAAAGAACUUCGCACAGAGGCGCUUAAGGGUGUGCUGGAUAGUGUUUCUGCUGGGGAUGUAUCUGGCUCCAAGGUUGGCCGUAGAGUCAUCUUGCCUGCUUCUUUUAUCGGAGGUCCGCGAGAUAUGAGACGUCGCUAUCUCGAUGCCAUGGCUCUGGUGCAAAAAUAUGGCAAGCUUGAUAUUUUUUGA